GUUUCCUCAGUAUCAGUUGUGUUCUGUAUCAGGAAACAAGCAGACUACAGUACAUUAUCUCUGUUAAAAUCUCUCAUUGUCAUGAUUCAGCUUUUAUGAUAAUUCGUAUCAUUACUUGGAGAGUGUCUUUGGCAUUUAAGGAUCUGUAAGGAGAGAAAAAGGUGUUUCAGUUCAUCCAGAAUCAACAAGAAAUAAGGACCAAUGUCUGUCUCCAAUGAGAGUGCUCAUCCUAGUGCAGACAAACAGGGCACCUUAGGCAACCCAAUGAAGUUUAAAGGUCAGGAUUUUGAAUUGCUGCGCAACCUCUGUCUGAUCAGUGGAUACAGGUUUCGGGAUGGUAUUUUCCCAUCAAACAUGGACUCCAUUGGCCCAGACUUACUUACAGCAGAAGAGUUGAGCAGAGUAGAAUGGGUGAGACCAGGGAGCCAACAUAAAAAGCCACAUUUAUUUGUGCAUGGAGUCAGCAGAUUCGACAUUCACCAAGGGAAAGUGGGUAACUGUUGGUUCCUGGCUGCACUGGGUUCGUUGACAUUUGCGCCUCGCAUAAUGAACAAUGUUAUACCAAGUGGCCAAGGCUUCACGCAGAAGUAUGUUGGUAUUUUUCAUUUUAGGUUUUGGCGGUUUGGAAAAUGGAUGGAUGUAGUUAUAGAUGACAAGCUGCCAACCCUCGAUGGGAGAUAUUUGUUUGUUGGCCCAGCAAAGGGAAAUGAAUUCUGGCCAGCCUUGCUUGAAAAAGCCUAUGCCAAGGUGUGUGGCUCCUAUUCAGAUUUGCAUUUUGGCUUGAUAUCUGAAGCGUUAGUGGACUUCACAGGAGGGGUGCAUAUUAGCUUCAAUCUGACUAAACCCCGAGAGGACUUGUGGGAGAUAAUGCAAAGAGCUGCAGCUCAUGAAUCCCUAAUGGGAAGCGGAAGCCAUUCAGAACCAGGGGUAAAGCCAGUAAACACAGUGUUAAAAAAUGGAUUAGUGCAAGCACAUGCGUAUGCAGUUACUGGCGUUAAUAUGGUGCAUUGCGGUAACAAAAAUGUAAAGUUAGUUCGUUUGUGGAAUCCGUGGGGCAAUACUGAGUGGAAUGGCAGCUGGAGUGAUAAAUCACCAGAAUGGAACAAUGUGGAUCCAGAAACAAGAAAAUUGUUGUUGAGAGACUGUGACAAUGGAGAAUUCUGGAUGGCCAUGGAGGACUUUACAGCAAACUUCACACAUAUAGAUAUUUGCAAUGUAUAUCCUCAUUUUCUGGAUUCAGAGAAUGACUGCAUCUGGGCCAUGUCAGAGCACAAUGGCAGUUGGAUUAAAGGAACCUCAGCUGGUGGCUCCUUAAAAGAAGACACAUUUUGGAAGAAUCCUCAGUACCGUGUGAAUUUGAAAACUGCUCAUUUGGACUGCAGUUCUUCAACAUCCUGCAAUUUUGUGGUGUACCUAAUGCAAAAGCUUGCAAACAAACACAGGAAGCAGUCUCUUCGACUGCAUAUAGGGUUAUCCAUUUUUAAGGUGCCUCCUUCAGUAAGUAUUUGUAUGAGUUAUUUUCCGCUACACAUUCCAAUUUAG